AGUUGCAGCGAAAAGGAAAUGUGUCAUCUGUGGUUUGGUCUGAACAGUGGAAAGCUCGCUGCACAUGUCCUUUUCGCUGCAGAUUCACUUUAACGUUCACACUUCUCCCAGUCUGUCCUGCUCUCAAUGACGUGGAAGCUGUGCUUCGAGACAAGAAAAGACGUGGCUUAUUAAAAUAAGGUUCUAGUCAGAUCUGACCAGCCAUUUUCUAAGGUUACCUGCAUACUCAUGGACAUGAAACACACAAGACAUUACCUGCAUCUUGCCUUUCUGAUGACAACAGUUUUUUCUUUGUCUCCUGGAACAAAAGCAGACUCUACCCAUCUGUGGGCUAACAACACUACUGUCUGGGAUCCAGAUAUUCAUAAUAAGACAGGCAGAAACCAAAAUGAAUACAGUAACACAAACUCUACGACUCCCAAAGUAGAUAAACGUAAUUCUACAAACAUGCCUGAAAUAACAUCACCACCUCACAUGCUAUCUUUCACUCCUAAGGACAGUUCUCCAACAUUACAGAGCAUCGAAAACACAAGCAAAAGUCACAGUGAAAUUUUCAAAAAAGAUGUCUGUGAGGAAAAGAACAACAAAAUGGCUAUGCUAGUCUGCUUAAUUAUAAUCGCAGUGCUUUUUCUUAUCUGUACCCUUCUAUUUCUAUCCACGGUGAUUCUGGCAAACAAAGUCUCGUCUCUCAGACGAUCAAAACAAGUAGGCAAGCGUCAGCCUAGAAGCAAUGGCGAUUUUCUGGCAAGCAGUGGUCUAUGGCCUGCUGAAUCAGACACUUGGAAAAGAGCAAAACAGCUCACAGGGCCCAACCUAAUGAUGCAAUCUACUGGAGUGCUCACAGCUACAAGGGGGAAAAAAGAUGGAGAAGGAACUGAAAAACUCACUAACUAACAGAUGCUUUAGUGAAGAAAAAUGCAAAGCAGCAGCAGGAAACUGUAGGAAGUAAAAACGAAGUUGUUUGAUAUUGAACGCCAACAUGUUGGUCUGAUGGUCUAAAAUCUGACCUUGCCGGCCUUGCCCUUUAGAAUUAAGCAGGUGAGAAGAGGAGACAUAUGCCUGCUUACUUAAUUACUUAAACUGUGCACUUUUGUUCUGAUACUGAAUAUUUUAAAAAGCAAAUAAUAUUUUAUUAGCAAAUAAUAAAACAACAAAAAAUUUAGGAAAGUUUUUAAAGAGAAGUUGAAGGAACUGAUUAACAGAGGUAGAAAUGGACAAUUAAACAUUUGUUGUUCAGCAACAGUAGUUAGAGGAUCUUUGUCUGGACAUAAGUACACUUUGAAGAGUUUUAGUGUGUCCUUAGGGACAAGUAUGUGCUCCAACAUCUAACAGAAGUCAAACUCCUAAUGCAUUGAGUUGAACUGGAUAGUUGAACAGUACCUUCUUCUUUCCUGAAUGUGACAAAAUCCAUACCAGCUCUUAAAUCAACACAGCUAAUUUUAUGCUAGAAGUUUUUACCUUUACGUAUGACACACAUAAGAAAGUGUUUUUCUACUAUAAAUAUUUAAUUAAAACUUUUAAUUUUGUAUAAUAAAUGAAGGCUUGUUAGAAUAAAACUGACUAUGUAUAUUUGCAUUUACUUUUUAUCUGAGAGGACACAUGUAAGGGUCACUAAGAAACAGAGCACAACUGUAACAGAUGCAAUACAGCCACAGUGAAGACUGUGUGUGAAUGUAAAGUAUAUCUUACACUUACAACAUGUAAGUUUAAGUGCAACAUACCUCUAUGCUAUAAAUACUGCUCUUUGGACUAUUUAUAGCAAAUAUCCAAAAGUUGAUUAAUUUUUGAACUUGAAUAAUGCCAAGUGGCCUAA